AUGGUCGCCGUGCCCUUUCCCGUGGAGAUUCCCGAGGCCAGCCCUUUUGGUCCACAUAACAUACCAUUUGGGAUUUUCAGUACGCCGCAGGGUGUUGGUCUUGGAACCAAACCACGCGCUGGAGUGGCGCUCGGAGACUAUGUCGUCGAGCUCCAUGAGCUGGCUCAACGCGGCGUGUUCGAUGCGCACCAAGACACUUCAAAGAUCUUGAGACAGGUCUUCCUCGAGCCUACAUUGAACUCGUUCGCGGCGUUGGAAGGCAGUGAAAGGAGAUGGGUCCGACAGACAAUCAUCGGAAAUGUCACGAGCGACAAGUCAGUCCUCUUUACGGAUCAAGACCUGAAUGAGAAGGCCUUUGCGUUGGCCCGUGACACGCAAAUGCACCUACCGAUGGACAUCUCCGACUACACCGACUCGUUUUCGUCUCUCAUUCACGCUGAAAAUUCUCUGAAACCUCUGGGACUCGACCUACCGCCGGCGUUCAAGCUCUAUCCACUCGGAUACAAUGGGCGUUGCUCCUCCAUCUUCCCAUCGGGUCACCAAAUCCAUAGGCCGAGUGGAUUUUUCAUCAAAGAAGGCGAGACUCAGCCGGCUUUCCAGAUCUCGCGAAAGCUGGACUUUGAGAUCGAGCUCGGGGCCUUUAUUUCCAAGCCGGUCCCCCACGGACAGACAAUCGACGCGAAGACCGCGGCAGAUCAUAUCUUCGGCUAUGUCCUCCACAACGACUGGUCGGCCAGAGAUAUCCAGCCGUAUGAGAUGCCUCCGCUGGGGCCGAUGCAUUCCAAGGGCUUUGUCACCACCAUCUCGCCCUGGAUUGUGACUGUGGAUGCGCUAGCAAGGUGUUGCACAGGCCCGCCGACAUCCAACGCAACUCCGAUCCAUUCGUCGCUCGUAACCGACGAGGCGAGUCACGGCGUUUAUGAUAUUGAGUUUACAGCUUCGGUGGCUCGUGGUGGCAAUAGCCCCGUCGAGAUUGUCCGGUCCAACUACCGCCACUCAUACUGGAGCGUUCCACAAAUGAUAGCAUACCAAUCCUCGGGGGGCUGGGGCAUCAACACGGGUGAUCUGGUAGCCAGUGGAACCGUCUCGUCUCCAGCGCCGGAGAUCAAGAAAGGACUCGGCUCGUACGGAUGUCUCCUAGAGUGCUUUGCGCAGCAACACGAGUUGCCUGCGGUGGGCGGCAAGUCCAUGUCCUGGCUCGAGGACGGCGAUGAACUCGCCAUCCAGGGCUGGUUCAAGACGGCUGACGGUAGGAGGUGUGGGUUUGGCAAAGUGUCGGGCGUCGUGGUGCCGGGUCCUUCGUGGCCCUCGUAG